AUGAAGGGAUCGAUCCUGCUCCUCUUCGUCUGCGUGGCCGCCCUGGCAGCGGCAGCAAGGGCCGACACGGGCGAGCAGCCCAAGGAGCUGGUGAGGAAGGUGCAGGAGUACACCCAGAAAGCCACCGCCAUGGUCAAACACGCCUUCACCACCCUGCAGGAGUCGGAGGUGGCUCAGCAGGCCAGGCGCUGGCUGUCGGACAACGCGGAGCUGGCGAAGCAGCAGCUGGCGUGGAUGAAGCAGCAGCUGGCCGAGCUCUGGAAGCGGACGCCGGCUGCGUAGCCCCGCCGGGGGCUGGCGGGGACCUGGCAGGGCUGGGGGCACCCUGGAUCCCCACCCUUGGUUGUGUUUCCUUC